UCAGAGCUGCCACUCGAGCCUCUGUUGUACCUGUGUGCCUAAAGCAGCACUCACCUGUGUCCUCCUCCACCUCCGGGACCACACCCAGUCCUCGGCUCGGAGGUGAAGCGCUCAUCAGAUUUCUGAUCUCUGCUUUGCCACAGGCUUGUACCUGCGUGGAUAUAAUCACUGUACUUAUAUAUUCGGUCAUCUCUGCGCUCACGUCGGCUCACCUGGAAACACCUGAGCCGCAGGAACAGAAAAGUCUGCGUCUUUUUUGAAGUCCAGAUUAAAAAUGGGCUGUUUCACAUUCGUCAAAAUGAUGAUGGUCUUGUUCAACUUGCUUAUCUUUCUGGGCGGCCUGACGCUGCUCGCCAUGGGGAUUUGGGUGAGCGUGGACGGGGGCUCCUUCCUCAAGCUGUUGGGUCCGUUCUCCAGCCAAGGCAUGCAGUUCGUCAACGUGGGCUUCUUCUGCAUCGCCAUCGGGGCGGCGCUGGUGCUGCUGGGGCUCCUCGGCUGUUGCGGGGCCCAAAAGGAGAGCAAGUGUCUGCUGCUAACGUUCUUCUCCAUCGUCCUCAUCAUCUUCAUCGCUGAGGUGGCGGCUGGAGUCGUCGCUCUGGCCUACUCUUCGUUUGCUGAGGGGAUCCUCAAAGCGUGGGCGACUCCUGCUUUACAGAAAGUUUGGCAGGGUCCUGUGGUCACCAAGAUCUGGAACACCGCCAUGUCCCAGCUGAAGUGUUGCGGUUUCACCAACUACACGGACUUUGAGGGUUCUUGGUUUGAAAAGGAGAACGGCUUCCUGCCGCCCAGCUGCUGCUGGGCCAACAUCUCCCCCUGCAGCCUCAUGGAGGCGAAGCGCAGCGCCGUGCAGGGCUGUUUCCAAGACAUCCUGGACAACCUCAAAGAACACGCCAACAUCGUGGGAGGCAUCGCAUCGGGAAUCGGAGGCUUAGAGCUCGCUGCCAUGGCUGUGUCCAUAUACCUGUACUGCCACCUGGACGCCAGAGUCAGCUGAAAACAAAAAAUCUCAGACGGAUCAGACGAGACUUCAUUUUUUUAUUCUGCAUCAUUUAAUAAUCUGUCACUUAGGAUAGACUCUAGCUUCACUCUGAUGUUAAUGAUGUAUUAAUAUAUAGUUAACAGAUUUAUAAGCACCCGCAGAGUGUACAUAUUUCAUAUUUGCCAAUAAAAUAUA